GUUAGCUUUAAAGCGACAACACCAAGGUUGUGUUAGGUGAGUAAAUACAGAAGAAUAACAGCGCGUACGCUGUUUACACCGGCCGCGCCCGGGGCUCUGCGUGGUCCCCGUCCUCCUCUCAUGUCCCUCUGCUGCUCGUCCCCACCCAUCGUCAUCCCCUUCUCUUUCCCUCUCCCUCUCUCUCGCCGUUCCCUUUCCCACCCCUGUACCCGGCAUCUCUGCCCCCCUCAUGCUCAGGACGCCGAGUCAGCCUCAUGACUGCCUGGAUCAUCCUGCCCGUCAGCCUGGCUGCCUUCUCCAUCACUGGCAUAUGGAUCGUGUACGCCAUGGCCGUGAUGAACCACCACGUCUGUCCUGUGGAGAACUGGUCCUACAACGAGACGUGCUCGAAGGAGACGGCAGAGCCGGGCUUCCCCAAAACGUGCUGCACCAUCCAGGACAUCCCGCUCAUCAGUAAAUGCGGCUCGUUCCCUCCUGAAAGCUGCCUGCUCAGUCUGGUUGGAAAUGUAGGAGCCUUCAUGGUGGUGAUGGUGUGUCUGCUGCGCUACGCCCAGCUCAUCGAGCACAGUCACCACUGCUGGACCAACACGGGCGGCCUGGUGUCCGGCUGCACCAACGCGCUGGGGCUGGUCAUGGUGGGGAACUUCCAGGUGGAUCACGCCAGGACUCUGCACUACGUGGGGGCGGCCGUGGCGUUUCCCGCCGGCAUGGUGUUCGCGUGUCUGCAGUGCGUGCUGACGUACCGCGCCGCCGUCACCGCCCUCGAUUACCUCAUGGGCCACGUGAGGGUCGCCAUCUCCGUCGGCUCUCUGGUCUCCCUCGUCCUCAGCGGCGUCUUCUUCGUCCACGAGAGCUUCGUCCUGCAGCACGCCGCCGCCAUCUGCGAGUGGGUCUUCACCGUCCUCAUCCUGGUCUUCUACGGCACCUUCACCUACGAGUUCGGCUCCGUCACCAGCGAGACGCUGAUGGCCGGCCUGCAGAGGAACCUCGUCCUGGAGGGCGGGGCCACCAGAGGACUGAAGAGCCCGGGCCGGAGCAGCACCACAUCUACACAACUGAACUGCACGCCCGAGAACAUAGCUAUGCUCUAGCUCACACACACACCUACACACACCUACACACACACACACACGCUGCUGCCUUGAAUUCGUACUCCCAGAAUUCCCUCGAACUGCACUGCACUGCGCUGGUUAGCGGUUUAGGUUACUGCCUGUAAACGUUCCACUGCGCUAAACACUAAGGAAAGUCUCCAGCGCCUGGCUGUGUACUAAUCCUGCCUACUAGCUAGUACGACAGAGUGUGAUUUGGAACGCAGCCCUCGUUGUGAGUCCUGGAUUCCAGGCCAAACGUGUCGAAUCUUUAAAUUGCUACACAUUUCAGUGACCAUUUAAAUAAACAGACACUAGGUGGCAGUAUAUGCCACGAUUUCAUAUUUAAGGCUUACGACCCGUUUGCUGAUUGGCCAGUUCAAUCCUGACCCUUAGCUAUACCUGACGGUACCUCAUGUUUACACUGUACGACCAAAAGUAUGUGGACGCCUGACCAUGAGCUUGUCGAGACGUCCCAUUUCAAAGACGAACAGUAUUAAAACAGGCUUUGAAAGAUGUCCGUGUGUGGGAAUUUGUGCCCAUUGAGUCGAACCAUCAGCUGACCGCGUCUGUACGGCUGGACGCUGAUAUUGAUGGUCCGGUUCAUUCAGGAAUUCAAUAUUUAGACGAGGUGUCCCAAUACUUUUGCUCGUCCAUAUAGAGUCGAUGUUUACCGUGUGUUUAAAUUACCGUCGUGUUGAAACGGAUCGAUGCUCAGACCCCCGAGCAGUGCAGUGCAGUUCUGUAUCCAGUUGAACCAGGUCUAAACCAGUCCAUUAAACCAGUAGCUCAUUCACACACCUGCACCACCGUCCGCCGUCCGUCCUCAUUCGCUUUCACACGCGCGGCACGUGACGUACGGCGUCCGACUUCUAGUUUCCUUCAUGGCUUAUAACGGAGGAUUUUGUUACGUCCGGCUGAGGGUUCGAAUGUGAAAGGGACUCCGAUAGAGUGUGGGUUUUUUUUUUUUGUGCACGUCACGCAUGAAUGGAUCCGCCUCCGUUGCGUCCGAGCUGCUGAGCCGCGUCGUGUCGUGACCGCGUGGAUGUCGUACGUUACUGAACUCAUAGCGCCCGUGCAUGUGCUCAUGUUUAUAUUUAGAGAACCCACCCAGCUUGAAACGAUAAUCCAGUAGUUUGAUGAAUCCCGAAUCGUAAGUAUCGACUCUGCCUUAUCGACAUGUCUACGACGUGAAUGCCUGUUGUCUAGAUAAUCAUUUUUUAUUAUUAUUAUUUUAUGUAAUUUUUUUUACAUGUGUUGUUAUACGCGGUCGUUUGCUCAUAGUCGUCCACUGGGGGUGUUGACGAUGAUACAGCCGUCUGUUCUGCAUACGUUAGGGGUGGACAGUUCAGUAAAUCCUUCGUCUGUUCGUCCGCUUGGUGCCGUUACGUUCACUAUAUGGUCAAAAGUAUUCGGACGUCCCAUUUCACGGUAUUAAUGCAAAUCUUGAGAAGCCUUCUCGCAAGACUUUGUAUGGGAAUUUGUGCCCGUUCAGUCACUCGGCACUUGUAUGGCCGGGCGCUGAUGUCAACGUUCCAACGAGUCCUUACAGAGCUCACUUAGAAUUCGGAGGAUCAUGCUGUGCUCUCUGAAUUCCUCCACCACCAAUCACAGCCAGUAGGAGUCGCUGUUGCAGCUUGAGAUCUUUCUGUAAACUAGGCGCUGGUGGUUGGUACCAGGCACCAGGUGCACAGGGGUACAGUCAUGCUGGGAUAAACUGUUGCUGCAUAGUCAAGCAUAUCACUCCCCUAAAAAUGAUUGAUUUAUUAUUCACUAUUACUCACUACUAAUUCGAUGAUCAGAAAGCGUGUCCUGAUACUUUUGUCCAUAUAUUGUAGAUGAUCGCAGCACCUCUAGCCUUCAGGUCCUGUUCAUUCACGUGUCCUUCAUCCAGUUUCUCGCCAUCGAUCACGUUUUGGUUUUUGAAGCAUUUUCUUCUCACGCAAAGACGUUUUUCAUGCCAACGUGCAGCUUCAAGGCUUUUCUCAGUUUGCCAAUGAUUGUUUUUUAUCAUUCGGUCGCCGUGUUCGUGCCGUAUUCAGUCCACCAAAGCACAGACGCCACUUUAUCCUGGAUCGAAAGUCGGCAUCCUUCAGCUUUCCGUUUUCAAACCGCCGAACCCUGGAUCGGUGUCGGUCGGCCUGGGCGAGGCCUCGAGUCUUCUCUUUACUGCCGCCUACGAACCAAAGUGAGUCUCUCACGCCGAGUCCAUCAGCGACUUCACCCCCUCGAGUGUCCCCGACACGAUGGAGGAGGAUCCCCGGGCUUCUGUGCUUUUCCAUUCCGAGAGCCUCUGGUCUCCAGCUGGUCUGGAAUCAGGAUCCGUAAGGGCUUCACGCCUGGGUUCAAGUAAUCGACCCACCUUCUGAUAGUCUCCUCGAUCCAAACUGCAUAACGAGAACUAAUACGAUUGGAAUACCGUUUAGUUCGAUAGUAUGCGGUCUGAGACGCUGCGUUACUUCUAACACAUGCAACGGCGCCCUUCACACAUCGGUAAUAACCAAUCCUGGCGGUUUGUGUUGCUUUUUCGCUCGACCAAAGUGACAGGGCUUCUUUGUUCUUUACGUUACAUACGUGCUGCUGUUUUCCUCCGUGUCAGCAAGACAAUCUCAAAUCUCUGUUCCUCACCGCCGGCUGAUCCGCUCACACUAAACACCGACGGUUUUUGUUACACGUUUUUCUUUAUGAUGUUCGUGACGUCCGUUUUUAUGCCGAUGCCUUUUUUUUACCGUUUGUACGCAGCCGCUUCAAACUCCAAAACCGGCGUGAAUCCGGCGCAGAGGAUAUUUUUAAUUUCGUGAAAUCGCUGGUGUAAAUAUGUACGAUUCCCGUAUCGUUCUGAUGAUUUUUUUUUUUUGUCUCUGAGCAGAUAUUUCUAUCCGAUUAAUAAAUGAUAAUAAAUGAACAAUAAUAUAUAGACACUCUUC